GGAAGGCCGGGCGACUAGGCCGCGCCGACGCCGGGGACUCGCGUAGCUGCCGCCGCCGAGGCGCCAUGAGCUAGCGCGGCCGCCCCGAUGUGGCUGCAGCAGCGGCUGAAGGGCCUGCCGGGGCUGCUCUCCAGCAGCUGGGCGCGUCGCCUGCUGGCCCUGCUGGCCUUCCUGCUGGCCGCCUCCUGGUACCUGGGCGGCGCCUGGCCGCGCCUCCUGCUUCGGCUGCGGCCCGGCGGAGCCUCGGGCGGCGCGGCGGGGCUGUGCCUGCAGGCCGAGACCCGCGCCUGGAGAAAGGGAGGAGAGGCCCGGCUGCUGGGGGAAGGCCCCGGCCAGGGGCCCCCGGGCCUGGUGGGCAACGGGCACCUGCUGCUGGAUGCCCAGGCCAACCGCCUCUGGGUGGCCCCCACGGGCGCCCCUGGCCCGGCCUGGCCCACCGACUACGGCCCUUUGGCUCAGCUGCGGGGCCCGGCCGGGGCGGAGAGCGAGGCGGGGGCCUCCGCCCUGCUGCCCAAGGAAGGGGCCCUGCGGAGGGUCCGCUGCGUCCAGCCCGGGGGUCCCGGCGGGGCUUGCGUGACCGUCCGGGAGGAGCUGCUGGCCCACCGGGGACGCCCCCACCUCUACCUGCAGCGCCUGGUGGUGGACAAUCCGACUGACCGGCUGGUGGCUUUGGAAGUGACCGGUCCGGGUUCUUCAUCCUCUUCCUCCUCUUCCUCGGGCCGUUCCUUCGCCACCAGCCUGGAGAAAGCCGGCGACCGGCAGUUCUUCCUGUCCUCGGGCCGGGCGCUGCAGCCGGCCGGAGAGAAACUGGUGCUGGUGGUGGUGGCAGCCAAGAAGCUGGUCAGCCGGGUGCAGGUGGCACCUAAGUCGCGCUUCGAGGAGACGCUGCUCUCCGUGGUGCUCAGCUCGGAGCCCAUCGAGGCGGCCCAGCUGGACGAGACCUUCGGGCGGCUGCGGGAAGCGGCCAAGAGGGAGAUGAUGGAGGUGCUGCCCCUGCGGAGCGAGGAGCUGGUCCAGGAACACCGCCGGGCGUGGGACGAGCUCUUCAUCUCAGGUGUGGAAAUGCGCAAGAUCACCGACGCUCACACCCCCUCCGGCGACACCGUCAACCUGACGCUUUACUUCGUCCUCUCCACCACCCCGGCUCCCCUCCUGGACCCCCGCCACGGUCCCGAGGAGAAGGAGAAAAUGGAGGCCACGCUGAACUACGCCGACCACUGCUUCAGUGGCCACGCCACCAUGCACGCCGCGAACCUGUGGCCCGGGCAGCUGUCCACCGUCCUGCAGGUUUUGCAGCUCUCCAACCUCUGGAAGCUGACGCUGCAGAAGCGCGGCUGCAAGGGGCUGGUGGCCGCCGGGGCCCACGGCCUCAUGCAGGGGAUGGUGCUGAGCUUCGGCGGGCUGCAGUUCACUGAGAACCACCUGCAGUUCCAGUCCGACCCGGAGGUCCUCCAGAACAGCUACGCCUUGCGGGGGAUCCGUUACAACAAGGACCUGAUCAGCCUGGCGGUGUUGCUGGAUGCCGACGGCAAGCCCUUCCUGCACGUCUCCGUCAAGUUCCAGGAGAAGCCGGUCAAGCUGUACGCCUGCGAGGGCGGCUGCGCCAACGACCCCGUGGAGCUGACCUCCCAAGUGCACGGCCACACCUUCCCCGUCAUGGUGACUCAGCCCAUCACGCCCCUGCUCUACAUCUCCCCUGACCUGGUGCACCUGCAGGACCUGCGCCACACCCUCCACCUCAAGGCCAUCCUGGCGCACGAGGAGCACAUGGCCAAGCGCUACCCGGGCCUCCCUUUCCUCUUCUGGUUCAGCGUGGCCUCCCUCAUCACCCUCUUCCACCUCUUCCUCUUCAAGCUCAUUUACAACGAGUACUGCGGGCCGGGGGCCAAGCCGCUCUUCCGGAGCAAGGUGUAAACGGGGCCUUCGGACCAGGCCCGGCUGGAUGGCCGGGGCUGCUUGGGGGGUUGCGCUUCUUCAACCCUGAACGCCGGCCCGGGAAGCGGGACACCUUGUAGGAGCUGAAGAAACCAGCAGCAGCCUCCCUGCGAGGAUGUGUGCGUGCGUGUGUGUGUGUGUUUGCACGCCUGUGCAACUUGCACGCUUGCCUUUCUGGAAGACGAGCUCUCGAGGGAGGGAAGCCAAUUAAAGAAAAAAGGGCCGGCUUGCAAAUGAAGCGGUUCUUCUGCCA